AUGGCGCUAGAAUCCAAGGGAACUGUAACAUUUGAUGACGUUAUCAAACUUAUUGAAGAGCUUAGGGAGGACUUUAAGCGUGUGGAAACUAGUCUCGGCGCUUCAAUAGAAUUCUGUCACAAUGAAGUUGCAGAAGCUAGGAAGACGGUCGAGGAGCAGAAAGGUGAAAUUUCCAAGUUGGUGAAAACGGUGGAUGAACUGAGAAGUGAAAAUAAUGGGCUUCAAAGGAAGAUAGCUGAUCUUGAGCUGAGGGUUGAGGAUUAUGAGCAGUACUCGCGUCAUAACACAGUAGAAAUACAUGGAGUACCGAUGCAGAAAGGAGAAAAUGUUGUUGCAAUCGUCAAAGAUGUGGGUCGUUCGCUAGGGUAUCCAAUAGAGGACACGAUGAUAGAUGCAUGCCAUCGCCUGCGUUCCAGGGUGGGGUCUGACAAGCAUCCUGGUAUCAUUGUAAAAAUGGUACGGAGGCUGGAUUCAGAAGAGCUACUCCAGAAACGCCGCGUGAAGCAAGAGCUACUCCAGAAACGCCGCGUGAAGCGCAACUUCAACACGCAUGACAUGGGUCUGACCUCAGGACCCGCGGUGCCGAUCUACAUUAAUGAGAGCCUGUCACCUGCUCGGCGUAGCCUCUACAAUGCGGCCCGACAAGUGAAAAAAGAUAAGAACUUUGAGUAUCUAUGGGUCAGAAGUGGUAAAAUUUUUCUAAGAAAGAAACAGGGAUCAAAUCUGAUAACUGUUAGGAAAAUUGAAGACCUGAAAGAUUUGUAA